ACAGAAAGUCAACAAUGGCGUCUGUAACCUCUAGCAGACCGUUCCACCUGAUCAUUUUCGGUGCGUCUGGGUUUACCGGCCAGUUUGUCGUGCAGGAGGUCGCCCGCUGUGCCGCAGAGAGUCCCGGUGGUAGUCCUCUGAAGUGGGCCGUAGCCGGAAGAAGCAGGCAGCGUCUGGAGGAGGUGUUAAAACAAGCGGCGGAGAGGCUGUCCAUGCCUGAACUGACCACAGACAUUGACAUCAUUGUUGCUGAUGUGUCUAUUGAGGAAUCAUUAUCCAUCAUGUGUCAGCAAGGCCUGGUGAUUCUCAACUGUGUGGGACCAUACAGAUUUUAUGGAGAGCCAGUGGUCAAGGCUUGUGUAGAAAAUGGAGCUCACUACAUUGACAUUUGUGGAGAGCCUCAGUUCUUAGAGCGUAUGCAGCUGGAGUACCACACCAAGGCCUUGGACAGAGGAGUGUAUGUGAUUGGCAGCUGUGGCUUUGACUCCAUACCUGCAGACCUGGGUAUUCUGUACACAAACCGGCAAUUCAGAGGAACCCUGACAGCAGUGGAGAGCUUCUUGAAUAUUUCAAGUGGACCUAAGGGGGCGUCCGGCCAUGAUGCCACUUGGCAGUCGGCCGUUUACGGCUUUGCCGACAGCAGAUCCCUUCGACAGCUGAGGAAGAAGUUUGGCCACAAGCCGCUGCCUGUGGUGGGAGCCAAAGUCCACAAGAGGGGUUUUGUGUUUUUCAGUAAGGAGAUUGAACAGUACGUCAUCCCAUUUAUGGGCUCUGACCCGUCGGUCGUCAAGAGAACCCAGCGUUUCCUUUAUGAGGAGGAACACCACUCACCAGUCCAGUACAGUGCCUAUGUCGGCGUCGGUGGCAUCUUCUCACUGGUCAAACUCUUCUGUGGUGGCCUUCUUUUCUGGUUUAUGGUCAAAUUCAGCCUGGGUAGGAGGCUCCUCACCACGUUUCCAUCAUUUUUCUCCUUUGGCAUGUUCACCAAGGCUGGUCCAAGCAUGAAGCAGAUAGAGGACACCUGCUUCAGUUUGACGUUUUUUGGGGAGGGCUACUCAGAGGGCACAGACCCCGCCCAGGGACGACCCAACGCUAAGAUCUGCACUCAGGUCAUAGGAGGAGAGCCUGGUUACGUAGCCACAGUGUCUGCCAUGGUCCAAGCAGCUGUAACCUUACUGAACGAACUGCAUUCUCUACCCAGAAGGGGUGGGGUGUACACUCCAGGAGCCGCCUUCUAUAAAACCACCCUCAUCGACCGCCUCCACAACCACGGCAUCAAGUUCUCGGUCAGAACCUUCCAGUAGCCCUUCAGCCGCCGCCCUGGAGGUCACACCGUCUACCAACGCCAGGAGAUCGUUUUCAUAUUGAUGUCCACCGGAUCCAGCGUGUGUUCUGACAUGACCAAAUAUGGUCAUGUUUGUAAUUGUAAAUGUGUGGGUUUUGUAGCAUCAGUGACGCAGACACAGCGUUGACGCCCACAGACGCUUCAGAAAACACACAUCAGGUGCCACUCAGAGGACAGCUGGGCCUUCGUCUAUUCCUCUGUUUUCCUUCUUGCUUUCUCCUGUAAAGUACGACUGAAUCCCAGUUCACCCCUUGGCCCCUCCCCCUUACCCCUACUUCUCCGUUUUGCGUGUACAUGUGAAGGGGUAGUGGUGUCCCGAUUCUCAGUUAGACGGAGGGGAGGGGCUAAGGGAGAGGGCUGUUUGACCUCCAAACGGAGAUAUUUCAGGACCACACUAGGGCUGCACAAUUAAUCGUUAAAAGAUCGCGAUCUUGAGUCACACAUGAAUGCGAUCUCAUUUCUAAACAUGGACAAUUCUUAAGCAUUUUAUUUUACGGGCUGCUUUACAAAUAAAUGCCCACGAACGCAGAACCGCCCCCGCCUCUUUCCUCAACCAACGGUAAAGCGUCUUUACAGCACGUGACCCUGCUGCUGUCGGCUGUAGAUGAGUGAAGAAAGAGUGGAUGACAGCAGAGGAACGUCUGCGGUAAAGAGAGGGAAAUGGAUGAAAACCCCAGUGGUAGUGGUCAAAGUCACCCACCUG